AUGAGUUAUGAAUUCAGUUAGCAUUAUGAUUUUUAACUUCAAUAGGCUGGUACAAUCAAAAAAAUAAAGAAAAUUAAAUCAACAGCAAAAAAUAAGAAUUUAGCUAAUGAUUAGAAAUUAUCUCCUUUAUACAAAGAUGAAACUAAAUAUAUAUUUGAGUUAACUUGCUUUACAGAUAUAUAAAAACUAUAUUAAAUACAAAAAUAGAAUCCUACUAAUAUGGGCUAACACUUAAUUGGUUAAUUGGAAAGAGAUGUAUUUAGUAAUUUUUUUAAAUUUGUUUCACUACAAUAAUAGAAACAAGAAUUAAUUGUAAAAUGUGUGCCUUUUAGUGAAACAAGUUUGUUUGAUAUCAAGAAAGACUUUCCUUUUUAUAUAAAUUUAGAUUAGGUUUCAACUAAUUUUUAUAGUUUCGAUUCAUAAAGAACUUUAGAAAAUAUAAAAUAGAUGGAAGUCCCUUAAGAAAAAUUUGAAUUCAUCAUAAAUCCUAAUCAAGAUAUUAUUGGUUGUAAUCGGAUUGUCAACAAUUGUUGGUUGAAGAUGUUUGGGAUUAAUUAGGAUAUGAUGAUUCAUCAUUUACUUAGAAAUUAGUCAUUUCCAUUUGGAUGGGACUUGGAAAAUUAAUUUAUAUAAAAUUAGAUUUCUAAUACCAUUUCUAAUUAAAAAUUAAGAGUUUAGUUGAUAUGUUAUAAUGGUAUGAAAUUCAAUGCUCAAAUGUUGGUGAGAGCAGAGAUUGAAACUAAUUCAAAGAAUCAAUUUAUAUAAAGAUAUAUAAUUUAGUACAUAAUCAAUAGAGAGUAAUUGAGUCUUUCAUUAGUUGAAUAAAGUUUCAGAUAGUACUUUGAUUUAAAAGAUCUUACUUCAGAGUUGAGAGAUAAAUUUAUUGAAAAAACUAAUAAAUAUUGUCAAAUAAAGAGAUUAUGA